AUGGAAGUUCAAAUCAUUUCGAAAGAAACUGUGAAACCCUCUUCUUCAACACCACAACACCUAAGAACCUACAACCUUUCUCUCCUUGAUCAAUUAGCUCCUCCAGUUUACAUUCCCAUCAUUCUCUUUUACUCAGCAACCGGUGAAAUUUCCUGCAAAAAAUCUCAUCUCUUAAAAACAUCCUUCUCAGAGACAUUAACCCACUUCUAUCCUUUCGCCGGACGAAUGAAAGAUUGUUUUUCUAUUGACUGCAAUGAUGAAGGAGCUCCAUAUGUUGAAGCUCAUGUAGCUGGAGACAUGUCCACGAUACUUCAAGAACCGGACAUACAUCAACUGGAAAAGCUACUGCCAUGCAACCCACAUGACGUAUCACCUGAAGUAAGCUCUCAAGUAAUCGUAGCAGCCCAAGUGAAUUACUUUGAUUGCGGUGGAAUGGCAGUGAGUGUUUGUAUUUGGCAUGCAAUUGCCGAUGCAUCAGCAGUGGCGUCCUUUCUCACUAGCUGGGCUGCGAUUGCCCGUGGUGCUACUGACGAAAUUGAAGGUGUGAUCUUUGAUUGCACCUCGCUCUUCCCUCCACAAGACAUGCGAAGUUUCUCGUUGCAUAAUUUCUUAAAGGAGGAUUUGUUAAGUAAAAUUAUGUUGAAAAGGUUCCUGUUUGAUAGCUCCAAGUUAGCUGAUCUGAGAGAAGAAGUUGGCAAUGGACCGUGUUUAGAACGUCCAACGCGAGUUGAGGCUGUGGCAGCCCUCAUUUGGGGGGCUGUGAUGGCUGCAGAUGGAGAAGAAAAUCAAAAUGAAACUGCCGAGAUUAAUGCUGCAACCAUUUCAGUGGGUCUACGGAAAAGAAUGAUUCCGCCACUGCCAAAGCUAUCAAUUGGAAACGCCUAUCAAGUGGCAAUGGCUAAUUUUUCAAAGAAGGAGAAACAGCUAAACUAUAAUGGUUUAGCAGGAAAGCUUCAUGAGUCAAUAGGGAAGAUGAAUAAUGACUACGUGAGGAAGAUACAUGCUGGUGGUGGGUACUUCCAGUUUUUGAGGACAAAAGGCGAGGAGCUUGGGAAAAACCCUAAUCUGAUGAAGGUGUUUGGAUUCAGUAGUUGGUGCAGAUUUCCAUUCUAUGAGGCUGAUUUUGGGUGGGGAAAGCCCAAUUGGGUAGGCACUGCCUUGACACUUUAUAAAGUUGCCAUUCUCAUAGACACCAAAGAUGGUCAGGGAAUAGAAGCAUGGGUGUCCUUGCCUAAGGAAGAUAUGGUGAAGUUCGAACAAAAUCCUGGCAUAUGUGCCUAUGCAUCUUUCAAGCUAAGCACUUAAAUAAGUUUCUUGUACUUUGUUAUUUUCUUCUAGUUCGGAGGGCAGGAGAUAACAAUUUGAAUCAUGCACGCAUGCAUGCUGAUUCUGUGCUAUAAUCAGUAAUAUAUAUGUAUAUAUAUAUAUAUAUUAGCUACUCGAUGGAUUACGAAUGUAAUAUAGCUAUA